AUGGAAAGAUUGCUACGUAUUGGGGAAGAACGUGGAUUUCCUGGCAUGAUAGGUAGCAUUGAUUGUAUGCACUGGGAGUGGAAGAACUGUCCACACGCAUGGAAGGGGCAGUAUCAAGGAAGAGAAGGAGUUGCAACUCUCAAACUGGAGGCAGUUGCGGACAGAGAUCUAUGGAUAUGGCAUUUGUUUUUUGGGAUGCCAGGUAGCUGCAACGAUAUUAAUGUGCUUCAUCGAUCCCCUGUGUUCGAAGACGUCUUAGAGGGUCGGACACCUCCUGUCAACUUCGUAGUCAAUGGUCAUCAUUAUACGAAUGGGUAUUAUCUUACUGAUGGAAUCUACCCUAGAUGGGCUUCUUUUGUGAAAUCCAUUACGAGUCCACAAACUCAUAAGGAUCGUUUAUUCGCAAAACACCAGGAAGCUGCUAGAAAAGACGUUGAAUGUGCAUUUGGGGUCCUUCAAGCUCGUUUUGCCAUUAUUAAAAAGUCGUCUUUGGCGUGGGAUACCGACAUACUCCACAAUAUCAUGCUCGCCUGCAUCAUAAUACAUAAUAUGAUCGUUGAAGAUGAACGAGAGACGUAUCAAAAUAACGUUAAUACCAAUGAGGUUAUGAAUGCUGGAGGGAACGCUAAUGAGGACACUACCGAGUACCGUAAUGAUCGUAUUGUGGAUAUCGGCUUAUACUUGUCUCGUAGAACAGAGGUUGAGGAUCAACAGACUCAUUUGCAGCUAAAAAACGACUUGGUCGAACAUAUAUGGAAUAAAUUUGGUAACAACGAAAACUUAGGCAACUAG